GGUAUCACUUAGCCAAAGGAGCAAUCCCUUCCCACGCACAGAAAAAGGACAAAGGAUGAGCAAGAUACCAAGGUGUAAUAAUCUGGAGUUCGUCCGCGAGGAGGACUACGUGGAGUACUACAUAUUCCCCAAGAUCCCCGAGAACAUGAAAGACGAGGCGAUUGUGCGCAAACUAAUGCUCCAGGUGCGCACCGAAAUCUCGGCCAUCGUGAAGGAAAAAUCCAUGGAACGGAGCUACCUAUGGCACAAGGAUGAGUUCCAGCUGCAAAUCCGGAUGGGUAGUGCCGACGAGCGGUUGCUGAAUGAGGAAAUCAAUCCGGAGGAGGAGGAGGAACUGGGUGACCUCCCGCCCCAUUUCCACGGCGUAACACACUAUGGUGACAACAUCAGCGACGAGUGGUUCAUUGUGUAUUUGCUCACGGAAAUCACACGUGCUCGCGGGGAUUGCAUUGCCCGUGUCAGCGAUUCUGAUGGCGAAUUCCUUUUAAUAGAGGCAGCGGAUUCCUUGCCCGACUGGGCUUCUCCGGAGACCUGUGAGCAGAGGGUCUACCUAGUAGGAGGCUGCCUGCAGCUGCUGCAGAACUCCUCGGGCCAGGAAAAGCCACUCACCAUGGCCACUGCUAUACAGCGUAUACGAUUGAAUCCCACGCUGUAUCGCUGCUCGCGGGAGAUCCAAUCCAGCAUUGAUGCGCGGCUGAAGGAGUACCAGAUUGCUCAGCCGCAUUUCUCCAUACAUCGUCAGGUGCUGGAACUCCCGCACAGUGCAGCCCAGUUGCUGAAGCAGCGGCCCAGGCUGCUCUCCUCGGCGGUGAGGGCCUUGUGCGAUAGGGACUCCCUAGAUGUCAAGGCAUUGCGCACCAUGCGCUACUUUCCACCGGAGGCCAGGCGCCUGCGCACCAAUGUGCGUUUCACUCGCUGUCUCUAUGCCAUGUUGUCGCAUCAGCAGUAUCUCCCCGAUAGAAGACUCGGUUGGAACCUAACAGAUCCCGUACUUGAGCCAGAGCGUUACAAGGAGCAACUGCUGGGUGUAAAGCUGGCCAGUGGGCUGGAAAUCUUAGCCACUCAGGCCAAGCGAGUGGAGGGUCAAAAGCUGGAGGAGAUGCCCGCCUGGCGAGCCUAUCUGCGCAGUCUGCAGGCCAAGGGUUACUUCCGCAAGAACAUCGAGGGCAGUGCCGAGUACCAGGAGCUGCUCAACAAGGCCAAGGACUAUUUUCGUGGCAACCAAGAGCGUUUUCGCACAGCCUCGCAGGCUGGAGCUGAAAUCCUCGACCUGUUGCUCCAUCCAGCGGAGUCGGCUUCAGAGGAGCUGCGCGAUGAGCAGAACAACCUGCAGCCCAGCGACUCGGAUGAGUGGCUGAACAUCAGUGCCGAGGAUCUGGACUCCAUGCUGCAGGAUCGCUAUGGACCCAAGAAGCUCUACAAGCCGAAUGGACAAAUGAAUGCCGAGGAGUUCACCAAGCAGCUGUCCGAGUUUCUUGACAGGCAGUCCAAUUACGAGGGCAUUGAGCAUCGUGGCUUGGAGGAGCAGGAACCGCUGGACUCGGACGAUGAUGAGCCACCGCCACAGGCCAGAACUUCCCCAGGUGGUUUGACUGGCGGUAAGGUCAAGAAGAAUCCCUCCAUGCGCAAGGCCUGCCAGCGCAACUCACUCAUUCAAAACGAAGAACCUGACAGCACUCAUGUGCGUAACUUCCUGGACUUUGUCAUACCCGAGGACAACUGGGACUCCACUUCGGAGAUGAGCGACUAUGCCGAUGAGGACGACAUGGAGAGGAAUCUGAAUGCGCUCUCCGGUGGAGGCAGUGUUUUUCCCCUCGACCGACAGAUACAGUCCUAUAUGGAACAGAUGGACAGGGAGUUGGCCCAAACCAGCGUGGGCAAAUCGUUUCAUGGCAAGAAGAAGGCUCCUCCGCAGGCGGACGAAGAGGAUUUCGAUGACAUCGAGGACUUUGAGCCCAUCAACAUCAAUGUGAACACCCUACGCAACAUGAUGGACAGCUAUCAAUCGCAGAUUGGCGGCGCUGGACCCGUUUCCAAUCUAUUUAGCGCCAUGGGCGUGGGCAUGUCGGCAGCAGGCGAGGAUCGGGAACAAAAGGACAUCUCCGAGUCGGCCGUUUAAACGGAAUUUACAGGGUUUAGUCUUUAGUCUAUAAGUCAAAUUAAACAAACGUAAAUGUGAA